UUACAUAUAACGUAGUUUGUUGCUUGGUGAAAGAAGCAGGGCUGGGUCCACAUUAUUUCUCAGCUUGGUAGUUUUCUGCGUGUGAAUUUCUUCGCUUCUGUACAGCUGUCAAUUUACACAUUUCGCAAAACCAUAGUACAUGCUGUAUUAAUAUGUACAUGUGCCGAUAGUGUUGGGAGCUUGAACAAAUAUCGUUGAAAGAGUCACUAUCACGAGUGACGCAUUCAUUCUCAAGCGCUAGAUACAGUGCGAAUGACGAAAACGCUGUAGCCAGCUAGCGCCUAGCUUAGCUCCUAGUUGUUUUCAUUGGGAACAUAGCUAGCACGCUGCUAGCUGAAGCUUGACAAGCAAUGGACGACAAGUCAUUCACCAAGGAGUUGGAUGGGUGGAUCGAGCAACUCAACGAGUGCAAGCAGCUUUCGGAAAACCAAGUCAAAGUGCUCUGCGAAAAGGCCAAGGAAAUCCUAACGAAGGAGUCCAACGUGCAGGAGGUCAGAUGUCCGGUCACGGUGUGCGGGGACGUCCACGGCCAGUUCCACGACCUGAUGGAGCUGUUCCGGAUUGGGGGCAAGUCCCCUGACACCAACUACCUCUUCAUGGGGGACUACGUGGACCGGGGCUACUACUCUGUGGAGACGGUCACACUCCUGGUCUCUCUGAAGGUACGGUACCGUGAGCGAAUCACGAUCCUGCGAGGGAACCACGAGUCUCGUCAGAUCACGCAGGUGUACGGCUUCUACGACGAGUGUCUCAGGAAGUACGGCAACGCUAACGUGUGGAAGUACUUCACCGACCUGUUCGACUACCUGCCCCUGACAGCACUGGUAGACAACCAGAUUUUCUGCCUCCAUGGAGGACUGUCACCCUCAAUAGACACACUGGAGCACAUCAGAGCGCUGGAUCGCCUGCAGGAGGUUCCUCACGAGGGUCCCAUGUGUGACUUGUUGUGGUCAGACCCAGACGAUCGAGGCGGCUGGGGCAUCUCUCCCCGGGGGGCAGGCUACACCUUCGGACAGGACAUCUCUGAAACCUUCAACCAUGCCAACGGACUCACCCUCGUCUCCAGAGCCCACCAGCUGGUGAUGGAGGGUUAUAACUGGUGCCAUGACCGUAACGUGGUGACCAUCUUCAGUGCUCCAAACUACUGCUAUCGCUGUGGAAACCAGGCCGCCAUCAUGGAACUGGAUGACACGCUCAAGUACUCCUUCCUGCAGUUUGACCCCGCCCCUCGCAGAGGAGAGCCCCAUGUGACCCGCCGCACGCCAGACUAUUUCCUGUAAACGUUCCGGCGCCUGUAAAGUGUUGAUCCUCUCAAGGAAGUGGGAGAGAAGGAGGUGCUGAGUAGCGAGAGAUGAUGGCAUAUGAGAUAUAAAGCAUCCACACCACCACAUGGACCAAAAUGUGUGCCAUAUUAACAAUGCAUAUAUCCAAAACCCACCCAACACUACUGUCCUUGAAAACACACCUCUCUCUCUCUCUCUCUCUCUCUCUCUCUCUCUCUCUCUCUCUCUUUCUCUCUGUGCAUGCCGUUUUUAUCUCUGGAAAAAUGAUUGUCAUUAUGAUGAAGAUUAGUCACAACUAUACCUGCUGGUUUUGUCAGGAGAACUAUAUCUGCUAUGAGGUUAAAUGCUGAUACUAAUGUGCUUAAUUGUGUUAGGAUGUGAUCAUGGUUAGAGUAUUGCCACAUAGAGCCGCAUAAUUUAUUUUGGCAUGGCCUCAAAUCAGAGGUUGCAGUUGGUGUAAAAUAUGUGAACACGUUUUUCUUUUCUUUUUUCUUCUUUUUUUUUAACUUUAACUUUUCAAGGUUAUUACAAGGUGAUAAAAAUAGAAUUAUUUCUCCUGGCACUUUUUGUAUUUUAUUUCUAUCACAAGGCACUGACAAACUGCAUCCUUUUUUAUAUUUAACCUCAGCAUUGGUAAACCUUCAGUGUCACUCAACUGUCAUUUUUGUGUAAGUCAAAUGUAUUUAAAUUGACUAGAUUCUGGUACAAUAUGGCAUCCCUUGUAAGAUAUCUUUAUGUUUUGCAGCCUCGCUAUACAAUAAAGAGAGAAGUUGCACCUUG